AUGAGAGGUGGAUCAAGAUUACCAAAGAUUUUACCGAAAGAAAAUAGCAAACAGGACCCUGGAUUGUCCCUUGAAGAAAUUGUGAGAAGUAAGUUUCCUGAUACCUGGCUAUGGGACGAAUAUGAUAUUGG